AUGUCAGAAUCUUACGUCUAUAGUCCUCUGGAAGAAGGGCAGAUCAGGUUGCUGCAUCUCAAAGUUGAUGAAAGCGCACCUCAUGGACUGGUCCUUGGUCUUGACCAUGCCGCACUGGGUGAGAGCCAUUAUACAGCCUUGUCAUACACAUGGGGGCCCCCAGAACCUCCCGACCUCGAUCCGUCCUUCGAGGACAAAACACACGAGCUGAAGUGCGGCGAUGGAAUUAUACCUGUCCGUCAGAACCUGUAUGAUUUUCUACAACGGCUUAGGAUCUCGGGUCUCGCGAUACCGCCCCUGUGGAUCGACGCAGUCUGCAUCAACCAGGCGAACCUGGAGGAGAAAUCCGAGCAGGUCUUGCGAAUGGGACAGAUAUACGCGGCUGCAGACAAGGUCUGGAUCUGGCUGGGCGCUCGAGAGGUCUCUGCAAAUGUGCAACAAAUCAUCGACGAGUUCAUCCCGGCGAUGCUCCAAGACUUCAAGGAUCGAGACAACCAGUAUUCGUUCUAUCGGAGGCGAGACAUCCUCGAUGAGCAUUCCAGCGCCGAAAUAAUCCAAGCGAUUGGUUUUGGGAAGUGGAGGGUUUGGAGGGUCUACUGGCCUCAAUACGCGGACUUUCUUCGUCGUAGCUGGUUUUCUCGGGGAUGGACGGUGCAAGAGGCAGCUGUGAAAGCCCCCGAGCAGAGCACAGUCUUCGCAGGAUCCCGAACCCUGUCUUGGGUGCACCUCAUCGAGUUCGGGAAACUCAUGGGCCAGAGCCGCUGGGUGUACAUGCUCGCGUCCCGGCGAAGGAGCUAUGGGCUACAGAAUGGCCUCUACAACAUGGAUCGUCGCGCAUUCAUCGAGCACGCAAUCCGCCAUGGCGAGACGAGAAAGGCGCUGCUGCAAACGUAUGGGCCGAAAACACCGGAGCAGUUAUGGUACGCCAGGUUCUUCGAGAUGGUGAGCCACAUGCGCCAGCUGGUCGUGGACAACCCCCGAGACCAUGUCUACGCCUACCUCGGGUUGAUGCUUCAGAUCGCACCGCCGGGCAUCAGUCACGGCAUAGUGCCCGACUACAGGCGAGACGUCGAAUAUACCUACAAGAACUUCACAAAGGCGAUAAUUCGAAAUAUUCCAUACCUGGUGGUUUUAAGUCUAGUUGAGGACUCUCGGUAUCGGCGCCACAUCCAUUUACCAUCAUGGGUGCCCGACUUUUCCGUGUCCCGAGGGUGCAAUUACCUGGACAACUUUGACGCAGCCAAAACUGCUGGAAAUAGCAUGAGCGUGCCCGAGAUAAUCGAGGACCGUCUCUUGCUUCGCGGCGCUCGUCUCACCUACGUGUCCCGGCCUGGCCCUUCGAUGGAGUCCGACAAACUUCCGGUAUAUGUCGUCGAUACGUGUCUCCAGUCCCGUCAACAUCCAUAUACAUCGCAAUCUAUGCGAGAGGCAGUUGGUAGAACGCUCUUGGCAGAUUCCUUCAGGAGGAGCGAACGAAGACAACAGUCUGAGAGACUUCGACAGUGGAUCCACCGUGGUCUUUCCGAUCUGUGGCACCGUCAAGGCGAAGCGCAAAGCGAGCUGAGAGCAGAGGUCUCGAGAUGUCUCGCACCGGUCGCAGACAGUCGUGACCUUUGGAAAAAAUGGCUACCCACCCUUGACGAAGUCCAGCACUCCAACAGACCAAUAGUACACAGCGACUUCCAGGUGAGACUGGAAACCGCCACGCUAGGACGACGCUUGUAUACUACAACGGACGGGCAGAUUGGUUUGGGUCCCCCGUCGCUCAAUACUGGCGAUGAAGUAUGGAUUUUUGACGCAGGUAAAGUCCCAUUUGUUCUGCGCAAGAACGGAAACGACGGGACAUAUAAGUUGAUCGGGGAAACCUACGUCCACGGUAUCAUGCACGGACAAGCCAUGACCGAUACGUUUCGAUCUAGAUUCGGACAGGUAACCCUGGUCUGA